AUGGUACUCACAUUUAUUAAAAAUUUUGACAUCUUUUAUUAAACCUUUCAAUUCAAUUCUUAGAAAUAAAGGCUAAGAAAAAGAACUCUCAUUGGUGCGUUUUUGACUAUAUCUAUAAUUGUUAUAGCCGCACUCUAUUUCAUUGAAAUCUUCAUUCAGUUUUUUACUAACUAAAUUGAUCCUAUUUUUAAAAAUCAAACAUUCAUCUCUAAUGGUUAAAUAAAUGUAGGAUUAUAGAGCGAUUAUUUUGCAUAUUAACUAAGCUAAAAUGGAUUGAACACAAUUGAUGAAGUUCAACAGAAAUAAAAUAAGACAUAUGUUGUAGCUUUAGCUAAAUUUGCUUACUAAGAUAAUAGUGGUCAAAAAGUUUGGUAGUUGAAAACUUUUAAAUGUUAGAAUCCUCAAUUAGCUGGUUUUGAUUGUUUAGAUUUCUCAAAUGUACCUAAAAACUACACCAUGGCAUUAGAUAAUAACUAGAAUAUAUUUUCCUAUGUUAUGGUUUAACUCUAUAGAUGCUAAGAUACUGAUAGUAGAAAAACAUUUAUCCCCAACAACUGUGCCAGCUCUGAUCAAAUAGAUAAAUAUAUCAACAAUCCUGCAACAUUAUUAAAAGUAAAAAUCUAAGUAUCUCAGUUUAAUACAACAACCAAAAGCAUUGAAAAGUGUUAUAGAAGCUAAAUUAUAUUAACUUCAACGACAAACAUAGCAAUAUCUGAGCUCAAAUUAUAAUAAUAAUCUACUUCUGUAAAAUAAGGAGCAAUUUUACAGACUUCAGAAACAUUUAACUCCCCAAUAUCAUACACAGUCAACACUUAGAUAUUUGAUACACAUACAGUUCAAAAUGUUAUAGGCUUGAAUUAUUUUACUCAAUUUCAUAUAGAUUUGGAUGAAUUUUAGUAGUAUACUUCUAUUUAAUACCCAACUCUUCCUUAAAUUCUAGCCCAGUGCAAUAGUACUCUUACUCUCUUAAUGUGCUUAGGAAUCAUAGGAAAAUAUUUUGCACAGAGACUAAUAAAACAAGAUUUAUUUGUUCUUGUUCUAAAAAAUAUUUUCUUAGAUAAUUAUUCAUAAGUUUUGUGCUAGGAAAACAAUUUACCAAAUUUAAAAAGAUAUCAAGACAGUUAAUGUCUUUAAUAAGAACAAAAUUUUUAAAAAGAAGACUUAGAUGAGCAAACUAUUAAUGAAUCUGUUUCUAUCCCUACAUUAAAAACAAAGGAGGCUAAUAUUAUUCUAAGCUAAAUAAAUAAUAACAUAAAAGACGAAGUUAAAGAAGAUUUCAAUACAGAAAUUUAAUAAAAUUUUACUAAUUCAUCAAAAAAAUAUAUCAUUAGCUCACCCUGUUCAUCCACUAAGUCGAAGAGAGAUUCAUCCAAGUUAAGUUUUAAUAGCCCUUAAAUAAAUAGAUAUGAUAAAUAAAGAUCACCAAGAAUAAACAAAGAAAUUUCAUUUUAAACAUAAUUUGAAUAAAAAAAUCCUGUAUUUAUUAAAAAAGGCAAAAAUACUACAAUUUUUAAUGAAGUAAAUGAAUAAAGCACAUAAUUAAAUUAAACAGAAGAAAACAUAAAAGUUAAGAAUGUGCAUGAGAAUAAAAUUUUUGAAAAUAUUAAAGGACUUCAAGAAGAACCAGCAUUACAGACUGCUUAGGAUAAGAUAUUCAAAUUUAGGUUUUUUAAAUAAUAAAAUUAUUAAGAGUCUUUAGGAUUAGAUAAAAAAGCUAUUUAAUUAAUUGGACAAUAAGUUGAUAAUAUAAUAGAUUUUUCUAAAAUUAUUGAAGAAUUAAUAUUUUUGAAGAAAGCUGUCAUGAUUAUUUUGAGUAAAGAUCAGUUAGCUGCCCUAAAGUUAGUUGGUUGCUCAAAAGAAUUCGUAAAACACUUAAAUAAUACAAACAUUAAAGUAGAUAGUAAAAUGACCUAUUUUGAAGAAUAGUUUGCAAUUUCUUUAUCGAUUGAUAAGUAAAUUGAUUUUAUGAAACAAUUUAUUAAUAAGUGCAAAAAUCAAAAUAAUUUAAGUGUGAUAGAUCAAAGAAUUUACUCUUCUUUAACAUGA